AAAUAGUUAAAAGUAGGGUUAGAGAAGGAGAAGAAAAAGAGAGGCAAAAUAGGAGUUGCUCGCUUCACAUUUUAGUACUGAACUGAAAUCUGCUUUGUUCACCAAGUUUAUCGACCUCCCUGAUUUUCUCAGCAUCAAAUCUAUUCUCAGUCAUGCUGGCUGCUAGACUUUUCGGGAGGACAUUUUUGGCGGCUGCAAAAUCAGAGAGUUCAGCCGCUGCUGCUUCUUCCUCUGCUGCUGCUAAAACCCUUAAUCCACUUGAGCAGUUCUUUGAAGUAGAUAGAACUCCAGAGGACGAUAAACCUGUUGUCUAUGGUCGAGGUUGGAAGGCUUCUGAACUGCGUCUGAAGUCUUGGGAUGAUCUUCAGAAGUUAUGGUAUGUUCUUCUGAAGGAGAAGAACAUGUUGAUGACUCAACGACAGAUGCUUAAUGCUCAGAACCUGCGUUUUCCUAAUCCAGAGCGUAUUUCCAAGGUAAGGAAGUCGAUGUGCCGAAUCAAGCAUGUUCUUACUGAGAGAGCUAUUGAUGAAGCAGAUCCAAGGAGGUCAACUGAGAUGAAGAGGAUGAUAAAUGCUCUAUAAUUUCCACUCAUCAGUAGACGUGUUUAUAUGCCCUUAUAAUGAGUAUUUGGAUUUACCACCUCCUCCUUUUAGCUCCACAUGUAGGAAACUUUCUUUUUAUUUUGUGUUGUGGUCAUGAAUUGACAAAUUUUAUCUAUCUACACAACUUUCCUGACAUCCAUGAUGGCAAACUCUAUUAACUAGUUUACUAGGAUGUAAUGGAGACGGCAAUUCUGUUUAAAAGAUUUGCUCAUGCUGAAAAUAAAAACCAAACUCUGUGUGUUUGUGCUCA